AUGGCUACCGGAGAUCAGCAACGCCAGACCCGCAGUGCGACAAAGGCAAUGGCAAACGAGUCGGGCGAAGCUCGCGAGAAGGGAGGAGAGGAGAUCGUGGCGCCACCUCCACAGGAAGUACCACCACAAGAAGACGAGGUCAUGUCUGAAGCACCGUCAGGUCGUAUAGACUCGAUGGGACCUGAAGCGCAGCAGUCGCCGCCCGCUGCACAGCCUGCCGGUACUACUGCCCUCUCCACGCUGGCUUCAGAUCGUACUGCGACUUCAAUACCGAGCCACCUUGCCUCGACUGGACCUAACAAGCCAACAAGAGCCACCAGAAAAACUCCAGCUGAGCGGAAAGCUGCUGGUCUUGCUGCUCUUACUGCGGGAGGGUCGAUGCAGCAGGAACCUUCUCAGGAGCUCCUGGAUGCAGUUGGUGGUGGACUGACGGCCACGCAACAGGUUGCCCGUGAUGCACAAGUUGCUGGUAGCAUUGCGCAAGCCGAAGCAAUGCUUCUUAGAACCGAAGACGUUGCGGUCGCCAUUCAGCUCACUCGAGAAGAAGGCGGUGAUCUGACAGCAGAUCCAUAUGCUGUCACUUGCGAGAUUAGGGACCAGUACGAUGCUACGCAGGAGUCUUCUCGUAAGCGGAAGCGAUCGAAUGGUGAGGACGCUGCGGAGCAGCAGCAGCAGCAGGGCGGAGAUCCUCCUGCCUCAUCACUCACGCAAGAAUUGGAGCUGUCUAUCCGUACGGGACAGAUGCUUCCGCCACCUAGACCUGUGAGGCCGCUACAGCAGCAGCAGGCCUCUCCAGCAAGCGGUCCACAAGCUCAGCAUCCUCCAGCUCGACGAGGUGUACAAGCUCCCGAUAACUCGUUCGAGAUGGGUAUUGUCCCGCCUCGGCGGACCAUACAGGAUCACCCACUGGCAGAGAAUCCUCUUCACCCGGAUCACAUGCCAGCCGAGCGUCCACCUCCUGGCCCAGUCCCACUUCGCAAUGCGCAACAACCGGUUGUCCCGGUUGGAUAUCCACUUCAGCCGGGUGUCUACCCGAUACCAAUCUCAGAUGGUGGACAUAUUCAGCACCCAACGCAGCUGCCAAAUGAGAUGCGUCAUUUCGCCAACGCACCCAAUAUUCCGACUGUUCGAGACGUGAAUAUCCAGCAGCUUCGCGACACCAUCUCGCACUUGCUUAUUGCGAGAGAAACCAUCGGGUCAUACAAGGGCCGAGUUGCGAGGCCUGACAAUGCGGAAGAUAUUCUUUAUGACGCAAUGAUGGUUUUGGGCAGGUUCUGGAAGGAUUUGGGUGGGAAGCGUUGA